AUGGAUCAACCUGAUGCUGAUCAUUAUCUGUCCCUUGAUUUACAACAAAAUAUGCUCUUGGAAAUGAUGAAACAACAUAUUAGUAAUGGUUUACCAUAUCAAUACCCAGCAAAUUAUUUAGAUCAAAAUCUCCCCCAACAAAGUGAUGAAGACAAAUUAUCUCACGUUGAACACGAACAAGAUGAAAAUGAACAAAUGCCAAUGCCUGUUGUAUACAAAAAACGGGCAAGAAUUAAAUUCACCCAAGAACAAAUCAAUGUACUUGAAGCGACUUUUCAACAACAUCGUUAUCCAACUAUUGACAUGAUCGAUGAUCUUGUUGAACAACUUAACUUACCUACCCAAAAGAUUACAAAUCGUCGCGCACGAUUAAAGAAAAGUCAACAAAAACUUGAAAAGCAUCAAUCAUUCGAACACGACGAGCCACAACAUUACGACAGUGGAAUUCACUUAGAAGAAGACGUAUCUCGUGCGUCAUCGACAAGUCCACCAUUAAAUCUAUUACCUCGAUCAUCACCACUUCCUUAUAUUCCACCACCUCCUGCUCCAUACUAUCUGCCAAAUUCUCAUCCAUCAUUUUACAAUUCCAUGUGGCAAAAUUUUCACUAUCCAAUUCAACCAUCGUACGACUUCGUUAAUUAUAACUCUCCAUUCGUUUUUCAUGAUAUUAGCAACUAUUCUCCUUCAGCAGAAUAUCAUGGUUAA